AUGGCCACAUCUCAGGUUGUGUCAGUUCCAACACCAGUAGCAGAGACUGUUAAAACUGAGGUGGUGAAGACCGUUGUAGAGGCCUCAAAAGAAGAAGAGGUGGCAGCACCACCAGCUGUAGCCGAGGUGGUGGCCGAGGAACAAGUAAAAGCAACCGAAGAAGAGGUGACCGCAGCACCAGCAGCCGAGGUUGUGACUGAGGAACAAAAACAAGUAACCGAAGAAGAGGUGGCUGCACCACCAGCUCUCGAGGUGGUGACAGAGAAACAAGAGCAAGCAACCGAAAAGGAGGUGGCUGCACCACCAGCUGAGGAACCUGUUGCCGCUGUAGCCGAGACUAAGGAGGUUGCAAUAGAAGAGACCGUGGCAGAAGAUGAGACCAAAGAAGUUACACACAAAGAGCCGGUGGAUGAGAAAAUAGAAGCUGAAGCUCCAAAGGAGGCUGUUGUUGAGGAGACCAAAGAAGAAGCUCCCAAAUGCACUGAUGCGCCGGCAACCGAGGAGGAGAAACCAGCGGAAGCUGUGGCGCCGACCGCGAAAGAGGAGUGA